AUGGUUUUCAGCGAACUCCUGGACAUGUCGCAGGCGGAGUUCGGCUUCUCAGGUAUUGGCGGCAAGAUCACGCUGCCCUGUGAUGCCGCGGCAAUGGAGUACGUUAUGUGUUUGCUUAGGAGAGAGGCCUCUGAAGAAGUUGAAAGGGCAUUCCUGAGCUCCAUGGCGAGGCCUUGCCACUAUGGGAAUGGCUUGACGCAGCCCAUGGGAUUUGUUGUUCCUAGCUUCUGA